CUCUCUCUCUCUCCCCCAAAGAUAUCCCCACCGUCCGGAACCCUAAAAAAACCAAAAAAAAUGGAAAAAAACCAAAACAACCACCACCAGCAAUCCCAAAUCCACCACCACUACUACCAACCACAAAGUCCACUCUCUAUGGCGACCACACCAAUGAGUUAUUCCGAUCUAAGAAGAGCAAAGAGAAGAGGAAAUUAUAUGUGUGGUAGAUGUGGACAACCUAAAAAAGGGCAUUCCUGUAAUAUUAGUAUCACUGAUACUACUAGUAGCAAUAAUAAUAAUGGGAACACUAGUGGUGGUGGUGGUGCUGGUAAUACAGUAGCAGUAACGGUAGCAACACCAUCAACAGCAGAUUCAUCGAUUUUCUCAACACCUUUGCAUCAACGGAAUCCACCUCCUUUUCAUCUCCGCCGUGCUCUUUCUUUCGAUGAUGUUGUCGAUGAUAAUGAAUCUGGAUCUGAUGAUAAUCAUAAAGAUUUUGAAAAUGAUGUUGAAGUCAAUCACCAUCCUCACCAUCUGAAGUAUCCUCAUCCUCAUCAGCCGCGGCAGCAGAAUCAGAAGUAUUAUCACCAUCAUAAGACUCCGCAGCUGGAGCAGAAGCAUCAAGUUGUUGUACAUGUACCUGUAACGGGGGUAAAAGAAUUUAGGAAUGUUGGAUUUCCUGGAGGGAGUUGUCUAUGGGAGAUUUUGCGUAGAUUGCCUCCGCCAGCUCUACUAUCGGCAGCCAAAGUAUGUAAAGGUUGGAGAGAUUGUUCGAGGAAGAUUUGGAAAUCGGCAGAAGAACUUAGACUUAGGGUUCCUGUCAGAGCUAAAGUUUGGUUUAUUGGAUCUGUUUUGCAGAAAUGUACUGGGUUACUUAGAUUAUCUCUUACUAUGCAAAGUGAUGUUGAUUCGACGAUGUUUGCUUGCAUAGCGUUUUCAUGUCCUAAUUUACAAUCGAUGGAGAUUCGUACAACGGAUAAGGCGAUUAAUAGAAUUACUGGGGAUGAAUUGAGUCGUUUUGCUGCUGAUAAGAGGUUUCUCACGAGCCUUAAGAUUGAAGGGUGUUCCAACUUGGGUUCUCUUACACUGUCAUCUUCAAGUCUAUCAAUACUCUGGAUUUCAGAUCUUUAUUGUCUUUCUAAGAUGGUUUUCAACUGCCCCAAUUUGAAGGAGCUUUCUCUUGAUUUUGCUCGCCAAGAAAAUGAUUCUACUGAUCUUACCACCAUGGUGGAUUCUUUGGGAAGGACUUGCCCGAACUUACAAAACAUUCAUAUUGCGUCCCUCAGAUUGUCUCAUGCUACUGUACUUGCAUUUACUGCUGCAAAUAUGAGCUAUUUGCGUAUGCUCUCGCUUAUACUUGGUUCAGGAAUCACAGAUGCAUCUGUGGCAUCUAUUACGUCAACCUAUCCAGAUCUUGAAUUGCUUGACCUAAGCGGGUCAAGCAUCAGCGACGGUGGCAUUGGGAUGAUCUGCAAUGAGUUACCUGAGUCUCUAUGUAGACUCCUACUUGCCCUUUGCCCUAAUAUUACAUCAAGUGGUAUUCAAUUUGCCGCAGCUCGAUUACCUCAUCUUGAACUUAUGGACUGUGGAAUGACGUUAUGUGAUCCCAAACAUGAAGAUGUGAAUGCUAAUAAAGUCUCAAUCAAGGAAUACAAAGAUGGUAAAUCCAACUGCUCACUGAAACCUUUGAACAUCAAGCCAAACGUUAUGAUCCAGAAGCUGAUUAUCAAACAUGCAAGUCUGAAGAAGCUUAGUCUCUGGGGUUGUUCUGGUUUAGAUGCUCUUUAUCUGAACUGUCCUGCGCUUAAUGAUCUCAAUCUAACUUCUUGUACAAACUUACAACCAGAGAGAUUGUUGCUUCAGUGUCCUAGUCUUGAAAGUGUGCAUGCUUCUGGAUGCAAAGAAACUUUGGUGGGAGCAAUUCAGAGCCAGGUCUGCAAUGAUUUUGCCUCUUUAGAUGAUCUCUUCCCAUGCAAGCGCAUGGCUGAUGGUUCCAAGAGGGUUCGAGUUCCAAACUUUCUCGACCCACAGGCACCUGAGCUUGAGAAGAAAAAGAAAGUCCGGCGGCAGCAAUGUUCGGUGCAUGUUAAGUAGUUGACUUAUUUCUUUAGUUUGAAGGGUUUGAGCCUUUUCUAAAAUAACCCCUCACAUGUUUGUAAACUAGCAAAUAUAGCUGUGAUGGGUUGAUGCCUUGAUGGUGAUGUCUUAGUAGAAAUAAAAUGUACUUAUUCCUUGCCAUACACCACAGACCAAUCAGGAUAUUAUGAUUGUCAAGAUUGAACACAUAGGGACAUUAGGUAAUUUUGAUGAUGUCUAGGGCUGGAAAGAAAGCCUUUAGUGCAAGGUUUUUUCUCCCUACAAUAAGUGAUCUUAUUUGAUCUUCUCUAUUUUUAUGUAAUACUUCUAUUUCUCCCUUCUGACUGUAAAAUUAAAUUGUGGUACCAAAUUUUUAGAGCAGGCUUAUUAAAACUGAAGAUCUGUAGUUCGUGUAAUAUAAUGUUACCUAAUACAAACAAUUGUU